CCAACAUGGCGGCAGUURGAUGGCGGGAAGAAAGAUUUGUUAUACUAGAAACGGUAGUUAAGCUGGUUUUUYACCCGAUGAAAUCACUAUAUUAUUACUGAUCGAUGGAGAUAUGAAUCGUUCUUCGAAUACYUGCGGUUCUUAUGAAGAUGAGGAAUCCAUUCGAGAAUUGGCUAACAAGACUAAUGCUUCUCACAAUGUGAAGAAUUACAAUCAAAACCACAUCAAAGAGUUGUGUUCUUCCAAUGGCAUCAACUAUGAAAAGCUCAAGAAAGGCUCCGUUAAAAACGUUAAAACACUGGAAAUGUUUUUCUCUGGGUAUCCCAGAAUAUGUGGCAUGGAAUUCUUUCCUGUGUUGCAAAUAUCAUACCUUGGAAACUCUUUAGAUAAUAAUGUCAAUCUUGAAGUUCUUGAUCUCUCAGCCAAUCAGCUAACAUCUUUCAAGGAUCUUACUCGACUWUCUUGCCUACAAAAUCUCCAUUCUCUGAGUUUGAAGAACCCAGUUUAUGGUCCAAAUCCAUUGGCUCAGCUUUGCAACUAUGCCACYUAUCUUCUGUUUCACCUUCCUGACUUAAAGCGACUGGAUACAUAUGAUGUUGACAAUAAACACCUUAAAGAACUUGCAGAGGUGACCGUGCUAAAGAAGAAGAUGUACUAUAACAUGAGAGUAAAAACAUUACAGAGAAACACAGCAGACUUGCAAUCACGACUUGCACAAGAAAGAGAUGAACUUCAGUCAUUUGCCAAUUCAAGGAUAUAUAAAUUGUAUUCAAACUUUAAAGAGAUUGAACGAGAACAAGAGGACAUUAAAACAACUCCAGCUGUGCUGGACAAACAAGAUAAAGAAGAGAAAGAUGAGAUAAAAGAUGAACAAAAGGAGGAGACAAAAGAGUCUUUGUUAAAUGAGAAUACGAGACAGUGUGAAAACAAGAAGAAAGCACUUUUGGGACGAAUUGAAAAGUGGGACAAGCAAAACAGAGAGAUUGAAGCAUGUUACGAGGAGAGCUGUGAACAGGUCCAGCUUGUGUCUGAUAUGACAAUACAAAGACUUAUUGUAGAACUUGAGACUGGAGGAAAUGUCCGAUUUGAAGAUGGCAAGCCAACAGAUCUUUGGUAUAAGUCUUGUCAUGACCUUGUCACAUCUCGCUUCUGUGCUGGAGACUACAUGAAACAUGGAAUUACUGGUAUAAAGAUACAUAGAAUCACUAGAGUACARAAUAGAAUUUUACGAACAAGAUUUGAUGAAGCAUUAGACGAGAAACUGGAUAAUGAUGACAUAGCUAAUGUGACCAAGGGACGUUCUCACAAAAAGCUUCUUGAAUACCUGUUCUUUGUAUGGAACCCUAAUAUCCUGGAUGGAGUUAAUGAACCAAUCAGAGUGCUUGAGAAAGGAUUCCGUAAAUACCAUGAAUAUGAGAAUGCUGGUCAAGAUGGAGGUGUCCCUAUGUCUAAUAGUAUCGGUGUUGGUGAUGAGUCAAGAAUACAACAUUGUGUAAAGAAAUGGAAAGAAAGAGGAAGCACCAACCCUUGUCCAUUCAGACAUGGCCAGCUCAUCAUAUCCAAAGUAUUUGUUGGUAAAACCGUUGCUGCCAAUGUAGGAGAGAAGAGGGUAACCAAGAGUAAAUACCCAGGUGUUGAUAGUGUUUAUCGUCCAAGAUCACAUGACGACUGUGAAGCMAAGACAAUACUAGGAAUAACAAGACCUGUCAAGCCUUGUGACUGUACAUCUCGACAGUGUGCCUGGUUUGUCUUUGAUGAGUCUAUGGUYUUACCAGAAUAUGUUGUUGACUUUGAAUAUAUCACAAAGGUGAAAUCCAAGUCUCAGUAUAUUCAUUAUCCUGUGGAUACAAUAAGCAAAGUGUCUGGUUUACCAUCUGACUUAGACGCCAAAGCGUCUAAUUUACUGUCUGACUUAGACGGCAAGGUGUCUGGUUUACUGAUGAUUGCCUUGACAGAGGACCUUAUWCUCAAUCACUGCAAUGCUGACUCAUUACAAAAUAUUACAGUUUUAAAUCUUCAUGGGAAUGGCCUUACUCGUCUAAAAUACAUCAAUACUAUAACUUCACUCAAGAAACUUAUUGUUAGUUUUAAUGAAAUUGCCAAAUUAGAAGAAAUUAAUCACAUGUUGUUUUUAGAAUACAUUGAUGUGAGUUUUAAUAAGCUCACUACUUUAGAAGGGAUGAAGGGCUGUAACAGAUUAAAGUAUCUUGACAUCAGUUGGAAUAAAUUAAAAUUCACUCGAGAAGAACUUGGUCACAUGAGAAAGCACAUGAUUUCACUGACAACACUUGAUACAAGGAAUAARCCUUGGCAAAAGCCUGAGACGCUACGAACAAGAGCACUAGGUCGGUUGAAGAACCUCGAGAUCCUGGAUGGCAAACCUGUGACAUCUGAAGAGGURGCAACAUCACUGCGCAUGGCUGCUGCCUCACGUAUCUCAACYUUUGCAAUCCUGGCUCAUUCACGUACUGACCAGGUCAAGCCGCACUCACUGAGCUUGUUUCCUACUGCGCAGACCAUAUUAGCUACUAGRAACCAUAAACCAACCAGGCCUAUGGAUGAUGACAAUCUAUGGAUGUCAAAGGUAACAACACUUAAUCUAGACAAUCUUCAUCUUGGUAAAAUAUCCAACCUUGACAAGCUGAUCAACUUGAGAUGGGCCUCACUUAACAACAAUGAUUUAACAAAGAUUGAAGGCUUUGACAGUUGUUCCUUGUUACAAGAACUCUCACUGGAAGGAAAUUGCAUCUCAAAAUUUGAAGGGUUAACAAAAAAUUCCAAGUUAAAAUGGCUUAAUCUAAGAAAUAAUAAUGUAUCCAAUCUUGAUACGGGAAUGUUGGAAAGGCUGCCGCAGCUUCACCACUUAUCCAUAGAGAAUAACUGUAUUAAAUCACUGCGAGGUCUACAGAAUUCUUUGGAGCUACAGGAAUUGUACAUAGGGAAUAAUGAKAUAUCUAAUGUCAGAGAAAUAUUUACACUAAAGAUAAUAUCAACUCUAGUGAUUCUAGAUUUAUGUGGAAAUCCACUGGUCAAUAAUACUGCUAAUUAUCGUUUGUUUGUCAURUACCACUUGACGACACUGAAAGCACUGGAUGGGCUUGCUGUGGAACCAUCAGAGGGAGGAUUAGCAAAAGACACAUUUGGAGGAAGAAUGACAACAGAUUUCAUUGCUGAGAGACUUGGUCAUUCAAACUUCAUGGAAUUGAGAGAACUGGAUUUCCCAAAUUGUUCAUUACGGACUGUUGAUCURGGUAGUGGAGAACUGUUCCUUACUUUAAGAAGUGUUAAUCUAGAACAAAAUUCUUUGACGUCCUUUGGUGGACUUAUAAACCUGGUGAAUCUAAAGGUCUUGUGUUUAAAUCACAACCAUAUUGAGACAGUUGUUGCAAAGUCCAAGUCAUUUUCCCCUGCUAAUGCAUCUAAACAAGGAGCAGUUAAAGAGACUGAUUUCACCAAUCCUGAAUCAUACACACCGGUGCUUCUUAACCUUGAAGUCCUUCAUUUAGGAUAUAAUGGUAUAUCAAGUCUUGCAACUCUGCAAUUAUCUCGUCUUCCAAAUUUGAAAGCUCUCUUUUUACAAGGAAAUGAAAUAACAAAAGUUGAAGGUUUGGAAGGACUACGAGAAUUACGAGAGUUGGUACUCGAUAGAAACAAAAUCAAGUGUUUGCAUGAAUAUUCCUUUGUCAACCAAUGGAAUUUAGUUGAACUGCACAUGGAAGAAAAUCGAUUAAGAAGUCUGUCAUACAUUGAGUGURUACAAAAUCUACAACGACUCUACAUUGGGAUGAACAGAAUACAGGAUUUUAAUGAACUUGAAAAGCUGGAGCCUUUAUCAAACUUAAUGGAGUUAUCAGUGAUCAAUAACACUGUUACCCGUCGCCUCCUUCACCGUCCAACACUGGUYUUCAGAAUGCCAGGGUUACUUUGUAUUGAUGGGAUUCCUGUCUCAAAUGAAGAYCGAACCAAAGCAGAAGUAUAUUUCUUGGAACAGCAGGGUGGAAUGCAGAGCAAUGGUACUACUGAGUCCAGUCUUCCUGGAAUACCAACAACCACAAGACAAACACAUGCACCUUUAAGGGUCACUACAAUGCAUCUCAGUAAUUCUASUUGGAAUGCAGCAUCAAGACAGGAGUUUGUCAAUAGCUAUGUCAAUGGAGACUCRCGUGACUCUAACAAUAAAGGUCGACGUGCAGGGAAUAAUCGUGGAGCAGCAAGCAACUCACAGCACAACUUGUCGUCAAGUGAUUCAUUCCAUAGUGAUAGAKGAUCACARAGCAAUUCUAARGUCCCAACCAGCCAGACAUUUAGCCGCAACAGUGGAACUGUUUCUUAUAUUCCUCAUGGAUUCUCAUAUCCUACAUAUCCAUUCAGUAAUGAAGAAAGGAAUAAAGGAAAUCAAAGACACAGGUGACGAUAAAAGAUCAUUGAUUUCUACACCUACAACUGACAAUGAUAGUUGGAUCUGAUCCAAGGAGUACAACAUGAUAUACAGACCAGACAAUAUACUUUAAAUAAUCCCAAUUCUGUGUUGAACUAUCAUGAUCCUUAGUGGUUGAAUUAGAGUUUAAAGAUAAUUAUAUCUAAGAUUCAAUCUGCACCCAAAAAACAUCAGGCUUACAUCAUAGAUGACGUCAUCAAGGAUUAUUAAGGCCAAAAGGCAGAUAGUUAAGGCUGAUUUACACGGCACGAUUAUCUCGUGCGAUUUGUAGUAUACGACUUGAAUAGUGCAGUGUAAAUGCCCCUACGACUUGCCUACAACAGUCGUACGCAACCUACGACUUGUAGUAGGAUUUUGAACCACGGCUUAAAAUCCUACGACUUGUAGUAGGAAAAUCAUAUACUACAAGUCGCGCGCGACAAAUCGUACCGUGUAAAUCAGCCUUUAGAAGUAUAAUGUGUUAUGUCAUUAGUAGCUAAGGACAAUUUGUCAUCAGUUCCUAAACAUUGUUGGCUUUAUUUAUUUAUGCUUCAUGUCAAGGCAAGUUUUCAAAUACCCUAAGUCUCCUAUUGUUCUUAGCUUCAAUGAUUUGACCUUUUUAAACCCAAAGUUUAUUAGGUGUACCUAUUAUAAAUUAAAUGUUGUUUAUUUAGUUAAUUUAUGGCAUUYUCAUGCCACCAAACAGUGGCAGAACAAAAAAAUCUUCAAAUAAGUUAUUAUGUACAAAUGGUAUUGUAGAUAUUGUUGUAAAUAUAUCGUAGGAAUGGAGUUAAUCAUCACAUCUUAGCGUUGUAAAUACUGGAGUAUCUUUUCAAUAAAAAAAUUCCAAAACUU